GUUUCCUCCAUUUUGUGGCCCGCUAUGGCGGCUGUGUUGAAGAGGCGACGGGGAUGCGGCGCCUUUGACUGAGGGGAUUAGGCCGGGCGAGGCAUCUGGGACGUUGUGCGGCACCGCAGCAGAUCGGCCCGGACGUCGGGGACGCUGUCAUGUACGGUGCCGGCGGGGGCCGCGCCAAGCCAGAGAGGAAAGGAGGAGCGAAGGAGGAGGCCGGGCCCGGCGGCGCCGGCACUGGGGGCAACCGGGUGGAGCUUCUGGUUUUCGGCUAUGCCUGCAAGUUGUUCCGCGACGACGAGCGGGCUUUGGCCCAGGAGCAGGGACAGCACCUCAUCCCCUGGAUGGGGGACCACAAGAUCCUCAUCGACAGAUAUGACGGGCGUGGUCACCUGCAUGACCUCUCUGCGUACGAUGCUGAGUACGCCACAUGGAACCGAGACUACCAGCUGUCUGAAGAGGAGGCGCGGGUAGAGGCGCUGUGUGAUGAAGAGAGGUAUUUAGCCUUGCAUACGGACUUGCUUGAGGAGGAGGCAAGGCAAGAGGAAGAAUACAAAAGAUUGAGUGAAGCGCUGGCAGAGGAUGGGAACUACAGUGCCGUAGGCUUCACUUACGGCAGUGACUAUUAUGACCCAUCAGAGCCCACGGAAGAGGAGGAGCCGUCGAAACAGAGAGAAAAGAAUGAGACUGAAAACUUGGAAGAAAAUGAAGAGCCUUUCAUUGCCCCUUUAGGAUUAAGUGUCCCGUCUGAUGUGGAGCUGCCACCAACAGCCAAAAUGCAUGCCAUCAUUGAGCGCACAGCCAAUUUCGUGUGCAAACAGGGAGCACAGUUUGAGAUAAUGCUGAAGGCCAAGCAAGCACGAAACUCGCAGUUCGACUUCCUGCGGUUUGAUCACUACCUCAACCCCUACUACAAAUUCAUCCAGAAAGCCAUGAAGGAAGGACGGUACACGGUGCUGGCAGAAAACAAGAAUGAGGAGAAGAAAAAGUCGGGGACUACCUCUGACAAUGAAGAUGAAGAUGAGGAGGAGGAUGGGAGCUACCUGCACCCAUCUCUCUUUGCUUCCAAGAAGAGCAGCCGCCUGGAAGAGCUGAUGAAGCCCUUGAAGGUGGUGGACCCAGAUCACCCUCUAGCAGCCCUUGUCCGGAAAGCACAGGCCGACAGCUCUGCUCCAGCCCCACCCACUGCAGAUGGCACACCUGCACAGCCCUCCCAGGUGGAGUACACGACUGACUCAACUGUGGCAGCCAUGUACUACAGCUACUACAUGUUACCAGAUGGCACCUACUGCCUGGCACCACCCCCACCUGGGAUUGAUGUGGCCACUUACUACAGCACCCUUCCUGCUGGAGUGACCGUGUCCAGCUCACCUGGUGUGACUACCACUGUACCACCACCUCCUGGGACCACACCUCCACCCCCCCCAACCACAGCUGAAACAAGCAGCGGGGUUACCUCCACAACCACCACCACAAGUGCGCUUGCUCCCGUGGCCAUCAUACCCCCGCCCCCUGACAUCCAGCCUGUGAUCGACAAGCUGGCAGAGUACGUCGCUAGGAAUGGCCUUAAAUUUGAAACCAGUGUUCGAGCCAAGAACGAUCAGAGAUUUGAGUUCCUUCAGCCCUGGCACCAGUACAACGCCUAUUAUGAGUUUAAGAAGCAGUUCUUCCUACAGAAGGAAGGAGGCAGUAGCACACAGGUAGCAUCAACAGCUGAAGAGGCUUCCACAGAAACUGCUGCUGAAGAGUCGAGUGAAGCCGGGGAGGACGGCACUCCUGAGGGUAUGGCGGAGACUGGGGGAAGAGGCAGCGGGAAGAAGGAGGCUGGGUCCAGCAAGAGCACCGUGGACGGGAAGCUGGUAAAAGCUUCAUUUGCUCCAAUAAGCUUUGCCAUCAAGGCCAAAGAAAAUGACCUACUUCCUCUGGAAAAAAACCGAGUCAAGCUGGACGAUGAUAGUGAAGAAGAUGAAGAAAGCAGGGAAUGCCAGGAAAGCACAAGUAGCGUGGCCAACCCCAGCCCAGCCGCAGCCCCGCCCUGUGUGGUGGCAGAAGAGAAGAAGCCCCAGCUCACCCAGGAGGAGCUAGAAGCAAAGCAAGCAAAACAAAAGCUGGAGGACCGCCUUGCCGCUGCUGCCCGGGAAAAGCUGGCCCAGGCGUCCAAGGAAUCAAAGGAGAAGCAGCUUCAGGCCGAACGUAAAAGGAAAGCAGCUCUGUUUUUACAAACCUUAAAAAAUCCUCUUCCAGAAGCAGAAGUGGGAAAACUGGAGGAGAGUGCUUUCAGUGUAGAGGAAACAAGUGUCAUGCCCUGUCCUCUGCUGGUUGGAGGCAGAACUCUGCCCAUGUUAGAGGUGAAGCCUCCAGAAAGGCCUUCCAGCAGAUGCAGAGACCCACCGAGAGAAGAAGAGAGAGAGAAGAAGAAGAAGAAGCACAAAAAACGAUCUCGAACGAGAUCCCGCUCCCCCAAGUACCACUCGUCUUCCAAGCCCAGGUCUAGAUCCCACUCAAAAGCCAAGCACUCUCUGCCCAGUGCCUACCGGACAGUACGGCGGUCGAGGCCCUCAGCCUCCCCAGGGAUCUUGAGUGUGGAGCCUUGUCCCAGCAGCUCGGCAGUGGCGGCAGCACAGCAGGAGAGUUAUCAGGCAGCCUCGGCCUCGAGCAGCUUUGACUCCUGGAGCUCUUUUGAGGGGAAACCUGGUAAACCGUCAAGGUCACGUUCUCGGUCCCCAAGAAGAAGAGCACACUCUCCUGAGAGACGACGGGAAGACAGGAGUGUCCCUACUGCCUACCGGAUGAGCAGCAGCCCUGGAGUCAGCAGGAAGCGGACCCGUUCCAGAAGUCCCCAUGAGAAGAAGAAGAAGCGGAGAUCACGGUCUCGCACUAAGGCCAAGACCCGGUCCCAGUCAACAUCCCCGAGCAAGCAGGCGGCACAGCGUCCCUCAGCCCACUCGGCCCACUCAGCCAGCAUCUCUCCUGUGGAGAGCCGAGGUUCUUCCCAGGAACGCUCCAGGGGGGUUUCUCAGGAAAAAGAUGGCCAGAUCUCCUCAGCGAUCGUCUCCUCUGUGCAGAGCAAAAUAACUCAGGAUCUCAUGGCCAAAGUAAGAGCAAUGCUCGCAGCUUCAAAAAACCUGCAAACCAGCGCAUCCUGAGGUGGCAGCCACGGAGCCAGCCCCAAGCAGAGUAUCGGGCAGGCGCAGCUGUGGCCUGGCUGUGGUCACAGGUGCUGGACUUUGGCUCAAAGCAUCCCCACCCCAGCCACAACCUGAGCUGCAAGCUCUGCGUCCACCUCCGCACGGCCCUCCAGGUUCUCCAGCCCGACUCCCUGGGUCAGUCGGUGGCUUUUGUAAAUUUUUAGUGACAUUUUCAGUUUCAGAUUUUUGACCAGCAGUCUCUUACCUGUAUAUUUGUAAAUAUAUCAUGUUUCUGUGAAAAUGUAUUAUCAAAUAAAACAAGAGGAAACACCUUUUCUAGCUA